CGCUCAGUAACCACCCAGCGGGCCGUGUGAGAGGACGUACGCAUGCGCUCUCCCGGUCCCGUGUGCCAGUGACCCUCCGCCUUGGGUGCGCGUGUGCCUAUGGAUGUUGUCUUCUGGAUGCUCCCCUGUUACCGGGUUGUGGUCGUGGCACGUUGCAUCGGGAGUUGAAGUGUUGAUUAACUUUUGGCCAUUUCGAGUGCUGGGGAACAUUUUGCAUACAACUGCAUUUUGCGGUUUGUUUUGUUCGGAAGGACCGUGGGAGUGUAGCGAGGCUCUAAAAAACUGUUUCGCGAGUCUAGUGUAUUUCCUACUAUAAUACUUGGAGGAGCUUAUGGAUUUCUGUGGAUGUGAUAAUUGCGAAUAUGGGAUAAGUGACUUACAAGACGCGAUGGAUAUUCGUGCAAAUUAGCUGGAUAGUGGAAUAUUAUGAAUAUUUACUUCAAUGGCUGCAUAUGAACGAUGACCCUCGUUCACGUUCGCUGAAUUAAGUGAUUGGAAACCCGGGUGCCCUUUUGGCGUACAGCGUAACCAUGCCUUCAGGAGAAGUCAUGGGCGUGAAGCAGCAGCCCACGUCUACGGGCGUGGGUGGGCUGGAGGAAGACAAGAAGGCAGUGUACAAAAACGAUGACGAAUACGACGAAGAUCUGGCGCAGCUGGACAUGCUGUUGCACUACGUCAACAACCUGUCCGCUUCUUUGGAGUUCCUCGCUUGGGAAAACAAACGCAUCUCGACGGACCUGGUACCGACCUUGCUGAACAUGUACGAUGCUCUCUACGCCAGGCUGAGCGAGGGCGCCGACGCCACCACCACCUCCGGCAAAUCCUGCGAUGAAGGAGGAGGAGGGAGAGGCGCAGGAGGAGGAGGAGGAGGAGGAACAGGAGGAGAGAAGAUGGGGUUUAGUAAUGGCAGUUUAGAUUUAAGUAAAAUUGGUCAGGAGGAGCGCGCGUCAACCAAAGAGAAUGGAAACAUUGGUGCUACAGAAAAUGGGUUAAACAGUUUUAAAGAAAGCGGGGUGUGUGACGAACGGCUUUUCAUCGAGGAAAAGGACGUCGAGAAUGAAAACCAAGUGAACAAUAACUGUGUCAAAUGUGAUAAGUGCGGCGUGCUCAGAACUAGCAAGGAUGGCUGUCGGUGUAGUGCGAAGUGCGUCAUUGCGGAGUCCAUAACGUCCAUGUUCGAGACCAUCGAGAGCGACCUCGCCUCGCCCGAGUCCUUCUACGAAAACGUGGACAAGCGCCGCCCCAGGAGAGAGCACAUCUACGCCGAGCCUCAGUUUCUGAUCAAACCCAAAGACAGUCCAAAGUCGACCUCCUCCUCCUCCUCCACCAACACGUGUUCCUCAUCCGCCUCCUCCUCCACCCUCACCUCCACCACCUCCACCACCUCUUCCUCGUCAGACAAGCUCCCGGGGACGCCCGCCUCCCCUCCCAUGGGCUUCGACCCGAGGAAGCUCAAGGACGUGUACCGGCCUCUGUCGUCGAUCUCGUCGUCCUCGUCUUCAUCCUCCAACUCUCUCCCUCGAGGCCCACCCGGAGCCGCCACCUCGUACUUGGCGUCGGCCGAGAGCUUGGAGGACAACGAUGCAGACCAUUCGGACACCGAGGAGACCACCCGGAGGAGAGACCGAACCAUCAAGACCAGGCGGGAGAAGGCGCAGCGCACAGGCUGUCUGCUCUUACCCCAUGACAUUGACUUCAGCUCACAGUUCCCAGGUUCCGGUGACAGCGGCGUCCAGUGCCAUAGCAUCAGCCUGCCCGCUCCGCCCACGCUGAGACCUCGUUACUGCGACCCUAACCUCGCUUACAUGGACAGGAUAGUGUUGGAGAUCGUGGAGACGGAGGCUAUUUACGUGCGGGACCUGAAGGAGAUCAUUGAGGGUUACUUGGAGUACUGGAGGCGACAGCCAGAGUCCGGAGUCACACAAAAACAAGUAGACGAUCUCUUCUCCAACAUCGAGCAGAUAUACGCAUUUAACAAGGAGUUCCUGUCAGAGCUGGAGGCAUGCGGUGUGGACCCCGUGGAAGUGGCUCGCUGCUUCGUGAGGAACAACAACGGGUUCGCGAUUUACACGCAAUACUGCACCAAUUAUCCCAGGACGGUGUCGGUACUGACCGAGCUCAUGCGCGGAGAGGCUUCCGUGCGAGCCUUCCGCGAGCGGCAACUCGCCCUCGGCCACACCCUUCCUCUCGGCUCGUAUCUCCUCAAGCCCGUGCAGCGCAUCCUCAAGUACCACCUCCUCCUCGGAAACAUCGUCAAGCACUUCGAGAAGGAAUGCAGUGGUUACUCCGAGAUCUGGAACGCCCUCUCGGCGAUGACGGGGAUGGCGCACCACAUCAACGACAUGAAGCGGCGCCACGAGCACGCCGUCAGAGUGCAGGAGAUCCAGUCGCUGCUCUACGGCUGGCAGUUUGAAGAUCUUACUACCUAUGGCGAACUAGCAGCGGAGGGAACGUUCAGAAUGUGGGGCGCGAAGGGCCUUCGACAUGUGUUCCUCUUCGACAAAAUGAUCCUUAUCGCCAAGAAGAAGGAGGAAAAUAUUCUUAUGUAUAAGACACACAUUCUGUGUUCAAACUUGAUGCUGAUCGAGUCUGUGCCCGGAGAGCCUCUCAGCUUCCACGUGAUUCCGUUCGACAACCCGAGAAUGCAGUACACCCUGGAGGCGCGUAGCUUGGAGCAGAAGAGAGAGUGGACGCUGCAGCUGAAGAGAGUCAUUCUUGAGAAUUACAGUGCCAACAUACCCGCUCACGCCCGACAGCUGGUCAUGGAACUCGGCCAGAGCAAACCUGACGACGUGCUGAUGUCGGAAGUGCGCAGCAGCGGGCGGCGAGCGCACCACGCCCCUGAGUACCUGGAGAAGAGGAAGGUGGACCGGGAACGGCGGAGGUCGUCUGAGGGAGGACUCAACACCAAGCUCAGACUCCGGCGAUCCAGCAGAACGAGGAAGGAGAAAGAGGAAAAGGUGACGCGAAGCCGGAGCGUGAGCCGCACCAGAGACACCGAGGACGAAGAGAUGGACCGAAAGGUGUCAACGACCUCAGCGCCCUCGUCGUGUGAGAAGCCGAAGCUGAAGUUGACGAUGUGGGGGCGCCGGCGCUCAGAGCCCGGCAUCGGCAGCCGGGAGUCGCUCUCGCUGGCCUCCACCAUCAACCUGGACGAGGCGCUGGACACCCCGCCCCCCAGCCUGGGCCAGACGCCGCAGCCCCUCGACGCAGCCACGCCCACCGGACCUGCCACUCCCGAGGUGUCCCUCGACGGAGUUUCCAUGUCCGAGUACGAGCGAGAGGACGGCGAGGGGAACCGGACGGGCAGGGAAUACGAAGAAGGCAGCGAGAACGGAGAAAACCUCGAGGAAAUCAUCAGCCAGCUCCUCCAGAAUAAACUGCAGCUUCAGAAGCUUCUCCUGAGCAAGCAGCGCCGAGGCUUGAUGAGAAAGCUCCCGCUCCGCUACGAGACGUCCGACACGGAGAACGAGGACGGCCCCUUCAAGGCCAACGGCUCGUACGCGGGCUCGGACGCCGGCGACACGCUCCGGCACGAGGACGUGGGCGACUAUGUGGACUUCUAUUUCAAUGGCAUGGGCAAGGAGGGAGAGUGUGCCACACACACUGAAAGUGCCAAUGUUUCCAGUAGUGAAUGCCAGUCGAUGUACAGCAGUGCCGUCUCAGUGCACCAAACGUGUGAUAAUAAGUCUCUGUCUAGUGAGAAGAAGACGAAGCCAGUGCGAAGAUCGUCGUCCGACCUCAGCUUCAAGAAGAUGCCAACACUCAAGAAAAUGAACUCGAAUUACGACAAUCUGCUCAACAUCUGGAGUACGAUAAGAGGGAAAAGCCCAGAGAAGAGGCAGAGCGGUGCAUUCCAGCAAGUCAAGGCGUCACAAACUCCCACAGCGACUUUAGAGAGACCGAGGUUGAGACGGGCCCAGUCCUUCUCCGCGGAGAAGUGUCUAUCGAAUAAUCACGAAAAUAUUUACGUCUCGGCGGCGCAGCUCACGCCCCAGCCCCACACGGCCCCCGCGGAGACGUCGAAGCCCCCGGAGGUGUGGGUGCGCGACGAGAGCCCCCGGGAGAACCGCGAGCGCCCGGUCACCAUUGCUUUCUACAACAGCAACGAGGUGAGUCUGAGCGCGCUCGAGCAGUACCUCAACCAGCCCCGGCCUCCGAGACGGUGCAGCGAGCGGUUCCCUUACGACACCGAGGACAACAUGACGGAUUACUCCAUGACGCCGCACAUGAGCAUGGACAACAUCCUCAGCAUUCAUCCUGAGCACAAGAUCUACAAGUCCACAAAUAAUAAAUCGACGUUAAAGACUGUCCUAAACAAAAUUACGAGUCCCAGAAACAACAAGACCGUGUCAGAACCUUCAGGCUCAGUCUACAAUUACUCAAUGGAGAGUGAGCUUGACAAGGGCAUGGAUAAGAGAGCAAGUAAAAUGGUAUACAACAUGGCGAGACAGUGUUCCAAAACCCUGAAGGAACGCAUAAAGCAGAUCCGAGCCGAGGACAUCGAGAAAGCGCCUGUCCCCAAGUCCCCAACGGAGAACGUGUACGCCCUGCCGAUAUACAAGCAGGGGAGUUCGAGUAUCGGGGCUCGUUUGGCUGGUACGAACGAGCCUUCCGACUAUGCCGUGCCGAGAAUCCGACCUCUUGACCAGAAACCCAAGUCCGACCUCAGACCCGACUCGGUUCUCUCUUCUUCCUCCAUCCUCACAUCUUCCUCGUCCUCUUCCUCGUCUUCCAGUCGUGAUACGAAAUUUUUAGAAGGCAUUGAAGUCUCUAAUAACAUGGCUAAUGUGGAAGAGGAAAAUGAGGAAAAUCAAGAAACCCCUUCAUUCGACAGCGACGCCUCAGCCGACAGUUAUUAUGAACGAUCUUUUGAGGCGAUAGAGAACCUUGAGACCGAGAUAUUCCGAGACAGUGCCAUCUAUAGCGACCCCGAAGACACGGAAUCCCCCCCGAACAGUCUGAAUCAAGAGCGACCAACCACUAGUCCUAAGGCCAAGUCCCCGAAUUCCAAGAAGUUCUCCCCCAGAUCUUCUACAAAGGUCACGAAGAAGGCGAUGUCCCCCAGCCGUCAUGCCUCCCCCGAGAUCGUGGUGACGCCUGAGGAGCCGUCGGCCGCCGCGGAGGCCGAGUUGACGUCCUCCAGCGGCGUUGUAUCCAUCAGUCCCCGAUCGUCCCCUCAGGCGAAGAAGGUCCCGCCCCCCGUCCCCGCCAAGCCUGACAGCAUUAAGACCAAACGCCCGUGCGGGAACCUCAUUAUGCAGCAGCUCAAGAACCUGGAGGAGUGCACGAAGUUCAGUCGGGACGACCAAAACAGCAGCCCCUCGUUCGACGGCUUCCGAAGCCUGGACGACCGCCGAAAGGAGCUGGAGGUGUGUCGGGUCAAAGGGGACGACGGAGAAGAGCCCAGCGCGUCCCCCAGAGGCACCCCAGAGAGAGAAAACAGUGCGGACAGGAGCUCUCGGUCGCCGAGAUCCCCCACUCUCAUGACUCCCCCUAUUAUAAAAAAUCCCAUUACUUUAUCUCCCCUUAGUUUACCCGUGACUAGGUCGUCCUCAGUACCACCCAGACUUUCCCCUCGCCCCUCACUCACGCCCGAGUCUCCGCUGCCUGCCUCUGUCGGAACGCAGAGUCCAGCAGGGAGCGAGAGGGCGUCACCACUGCCGCCGACCUGCCAAGAUGUGGAGGAGCUGGAUGAACCGCGCGUUGCCAGGGGUUGGGUGCGACAUGUUAUAGGGAAGUUACAAGCGGAAACAGAUGUGUGAUAGUUAUAUAUAUAUAUAUAUAUAUAUAUAU